UUGGGCAGCUAAUCAGGCUCGUGCUCCCCUCAGAGUCAAGAGUAGUUCGAGCGGCCUCUCUGUUCCCGCGCUCCCUGGGAGCCAGCCAAUCAGCGGCGGAUGUGCCUCAGAUGGGAUAACAGGGGAGGAGGGACCCGCCUGCGGUCGGGACCGAACCAUUUGGGAGAAGUAAAGGGGGAGCCACUGAGCCGAACCAUUGUAAACGUAGGAAGAAGAGCUGCUUCCUUGUGUACAUGGGAGUUAAUGAGGAAUGAACCAUUGUGCAAAUGGGGACAGAACCAUUUUUUUGGGGGGGGGAAUAAAAGGGUAGAGAUGGGGACUGAACCACUGGGUAAAUAGGGGGCUGAAACACUGCCCCAUAGAGGUGCCAUCCCCCAGGAUGCACAUGUCUCUGGAGGGGCCCCACCAAGAUAAUAAUUCCCAGCAUGCAAUGGGCCAGUGCAGCCAAUGGAGGCGAGUAGUUCCCAGCAUGCAAUGCACCAGUGCAGCCAAUGGAGGCGGAGUAGUUCCCAGCAUGCAGUGCACCAGUGCAGCCAAUGGAGGCGGAGUAGUUCCCAGCAUGCAAUGCACCAGUGCAGCCAAUGGAGGCGGAGUAGUUCCCAGCAUGCAGUGCGCCAGUGCAGCCAAUGGAGGCGGAGUAGUUCCCAGCAUGCAGUUCACCAGUGCAGCCAAUGGAGGCGGAGUAGUUCCCAGCAUGCAAUGCGCCAGUGCAGCCAAUGGAGGCGGAGUAGUUCCCAGCAUGCAAUGCGCCAGGGCAGCCAAUGGAGGCGGAGUAGUUCCCAGCAUGCAGUGCACCAGUGCAUCCCAUGGAGCCCCUGUGCCCGGCCCCCCCACGGACGCCAUGGAGCCCGUCUGCCUGGUAGAGCCGGUGCCCAGCUCUGGUGCCCUGCGGGUGAACCCGGCUGCCCUGGGCCUGCUCCGGGUCCUCGCCCGGCCCCUCCACGUCCUCGCCGUCUUCGGGCCCCGCGGCACCGGGAAAUCCUUCCUCCUGGACCGGCUGGUGGGGCAGGGCGAAGGUUUCCCCCGCUCCCCGGGGAUCUGGGUGUGGUGCCUGCCCCACCCAACUCAGCCCGACCAGGCCCUGGUGCUGCUGGACACGGAAGGAUUCUCCGAGCAAGAGGGCGAGGAGACGAAGCUCUCCCGACUCUUCCUCCUGAACGUGCUGCUCAGCAGCGUCUUUGUCUAUAACACCAGGAGUGAGGGCGACCCCCAGAGGCAGCUCGACCGCCUGACGUACGUGAGGGAUCUGCCCCGGGUGGUGCACGUGCUGGACGAGUGCCCCUGGGAGAACAGCUUCCUCCUGAGCAGCGUGCUGCCCGACUUCGUGUGGUGCCUGCGGGACGUGGCGCCCGACCCCUGCCUGGACGAGGCGCUGGAAGCCACGGACCACGAGCUGGACUCGGCUCUCAGCUCCCCGCAAGAUUCGGAGGACUCCCCGUCCAGCUGCGUACAGAGGUUCUUCCCCUGCCGGAAGCUGUUCCGUUUCUGCUCCCCCCGAGGGGAUGGAGGGCAGGGCGAGCCGCCGUCUCCCGCAGGCCAGCUGCACCCCCUGUUCCAGGAGCAGAUGGGGCGUUUUAAGGACUACGCCCUGAGCCGGAGCCCUAAGACUGUGGUGGGGAACAGAGCGGUUGAUGGGGCGUUCCUGGCUGAUUUCCUGGAGCGCAUCGUGGACCUGCUGUGCCGGGAUGAGCCCGUUUUCUUGAGUGAGAUCUGCAGUGGCCUGCAGCAGGAAGGCAGCAAUGACUCCGUGGGGUACCCAGUGGACCCCAUGGGGGGCGCCCCACCCAGCAGAGCAGCAGCCAGCACUGCCCAGCCCCCGGUGCCAGAGCCCAAGAGGGAACACGUGGUCCCGCUUCAGGCGUCUCGACCCGCCCUGCCGGUCCUGGCCAAGGGUGCCCCCGGCACGGCACAGCCAGGCGCCAUGGAGGAGCCGAUGUGCCUGAUCGAGAACAGCCGGGACGGGGAGCUGCAGCUGAACCAGGCAGCCCUGGCCCUGCUCCAGAGCGUCCGCCAGCCCGUGGUGGUGGUGGCCAUCGCCGGGCUGUACCGCACCGGCAAGUCCUACCUCCUGAACCGACUGGCCGGCAAGGACCGGGGAGGGUUCUCGCUGGGCUCCACCAUCCAGUCGCACACCAAGGGCAUCUGGAUGUGGUGCCUGCCCCACCCCCGCCGGGCCGGCCACACCCUGGUGCUGCUGGACACCGAGGGGCUGAGCGAUGUGGGCAAGGGCAACACGAAGAACGACACGUGGAUCUUCGCGCUGGCCGUGCUGCUCAGCAGCACCCUGGUCUAUAACAGCAAAGGGACCAUCGACCAGCAGGCCAUGGACCAGCUGCACUACGUGACGGAGCUGACGGAGCUCAUCAAGGUGAAGCCGGCGGCUGAGGGCAGCCGAGAGGACAUGAAGGUGAAGGCGGUGGCUGAGGGCGGCCGAGGGGACAUGGAGGUGAAGGCGGCAGGCGAGGGCGGCCGGCAGGAGGGGGAGGAUUCGACCGAGUUCGUGCGGUUCUUCCCGGCCUUCGUGUGGGCCGUGCGGGAUUUCACGCUGCAGCUGGAGCUGGACGGGCGGGAGAUCACCGAGGACGAGUACCUGGAGAACGCCCUGGAACUAAAGCCAGGCAGCAGCGAGCAGGACCAGCUCUACAACCUGCCCCGAAAGUGCAUCCGCCAGUUCUUCCCGGGCCGGAAAUGCUUCGUCUUCGUCCAGCCGGCCGGCAGGAGGGACCUGCCCCGGCUGGAGGAGCUGCGGGAGGAUGAGCUGGACUCUGAGUUCCAGGAGCAGGUGGCCCGGUUCUGCCACCACGUCUGGGAGACGUCGAAGCCCAAGACCAUCCCAGGCGGCCACGUGGUGACUGGGGCCAUGCUGGGGAACCUGGCGGUGACCUACGUGGACGCCAUCCGCAGCGGGGUGGUGCCCUGCAUGGAGAGCGCGGUGCUGGCCCUGGCGCAGAUGGAGAACUUGGCGGCGGUGGGGGAGGCCGUGGCUGCCUACGAGGAGCAGCUGGGGCGGCGGGUGGCGCUGCCCACGGAGAGCGUGCAGGAGCUGCUGGAGCUGCACGCCCAGUGCGAGCGGGAGGCGCUGCGGGCGUUCAUGGCGCGCGCCUUCAAGGACGAGGAGCAGCAAUACCAGCGGCAGCUGAAGGACGAGCUGGACUCCAAGCGCGCUGAGCUCUGCCGCCGGAACGAGCAGGCGUCGUCAGACCGGUGCACGGCCGCGCUCUUGGAGCUGUCGCAGGAGCUGGAGGAGCGGGUCCGCGAGGGGGGCUACUCGGUACCCGGGGGCUACCAGCGCCUCCUGGACGACCAGCGGGAGAUGGUGGAGAAAUACCAGCUGGUGCCAGAGAAAGGGAUCAUGGCAGCCGAGGUGCUGCAGCAGUUUCUGAAGUCCAAGGAGACGGUGGCCCAGGCCGUCCUGCAGACGGACCAGAGCCUCACGGACAGACAGAGGGAGAUUGAAGUGGAGCGGGCGCGGGCCGAGGCGGCCGAGCGGGAGGCCCAGCUGAGCCAGGAGAUGCAGGCCAGGACGGAGCAGCUGCUGCAGGACCAGGAGCGCAGCCACCAGGAGCACGUCCAGCAGCUGACGGCCAAGAUGGAGCAGGACAGGAGGCAGCUGCUGGCCGAGCAGGAGACAGCGCUGGCCCUGAAACUGCAGGAGCAGGAGCGGCUGCUGCGCGAGGGGCUCCGGGGGGAGGUGGCGCAGUUGCAGCAGCAGAUGCAGAACCUGAGGAAGGAGAUGAGCCGGCCCCGGCGCUCCCGCUGUGUCGUCUGCUGAGAACAGAGACCCAGAGGCCUCGGGGAGCAGGGCUGGGCUGGCUCCCCUCCCACCAGCCUGAGACGUGGGGGUGCUGGGCAGAGCCAACCACUAGGGUCCUGGUCCAUUUGCGGGUGGAGGGCUUCAGACUUCGCACUGAGUGACGCUUGUUGUUUACUGAGAUUUGAUACUGGA